AAGUUGUGUAAAUCUAGGAAGCAAGCUAGAACAACUAUGGACGGCAAGGAGGUGGAGCGUGAGCGGCCGGAGCUGCACGACCCGCAUGUGCCGCGCUUCCCGGUCAUCUACAAGGAGCCGACGUUCCAGCAAGUGCGCGAGAACGUGAGUCAGGCAGACCUCAUCCAGAGCGUGGCUCUGGGCGUCGUGUCCUUCCCACUCGGAUACAUCGUCGCUCGUCAAUUGGACCGCAGCUUGGCGCGUCCCGGAAUGUUGUUCACGGGUAUCAUCGGCACGCUGGGCGGCGCCAUGUUGGCAUACCAGAACUCGUCAUUGCGUUUACAGGGCUUCGGCCGCAACGACGAAGAGGUAGCACGUUAUCAGCAGACAAAGAGAAAGGAGUAAAUGCUCAGACCAACAUACGAGCAAGCCUCUUAGACGAUGCUCAUUCUUAGGCGAAUUUUGCUUGCGCUGCGGGGAUUCGUGCUAGCAACAGUUUUAGCUACUGGCGCCAGAGCCGCAAUUACUUCACAUCCGCCUACAGAUAGCCCCAACUAGUGGAAACAAUGCUCGUCCUUCCGUCUGCAGACUUAAUUCCAUCGAAGAGCAGCAGCUUCAAUAGCACCCCGUUCUUGUUUCGACGCAGUUCCACCUCAAUCUCUAAGCUUGUACACAUAGCAGACAGCAAUAAAGGAGCUACUUAGUGCAGUUUUAACACGUUAAAACAUGCUGUAAUUGUUAAAACGCGGUACUAUUUUUUUUUCAGGGACCCGCAUCUUGGUUUCAGU